AUGCUACGAGUAGUAGACGCCAAGACGAGCAAGAAGAAGAAGAAUGGUAUUCCUGACUAUUUGAAACGGCGGUGCUACGUGCGUUGGGGAGGAGAAGUCAUCAAUGUACUGGUCGAUCCCGACGAACCCAUUCUUAUUGCCAUGCACGAGCAGUUGGAAGAACAUACAGGGAUUGCGGUGGAAGAUCAGAAUUUGUUUUACAGUGGCAUCCAGCGUGCGUUCAAGGCCGACAAGACGCUGCGGUAUUACGGCGCUCAAGGAGGUGGAUUCUUUGAUUUGGCGCGCACCGAAGAUUUGGACGAACACAUGCAUUUUGUCAAACGAAAAGCGCGCCGCCGCUCGUCGUUCCCGCCAACUACCAAGUUGCCACCCAAACCAUCCAAACGAGUUUCGAAACGAGUCUCCAAGGUGAUACAGAAACGAAUCUCCAUCAUCCAACAACAACAACAAGAACAACAAGACGUUGUCAAGGAUGACUCUUCGUCUUCUUCGUCAAGUUCGUCCAGUAGCAGUUCUAGCAGCAGUAGUGACAGCUCGGCAGGAGAAAAAAGUGUCCAAGAAGCCAAAAUUCACAAACAGCGUCGUCGUUCUUCUCUUCUUCUGCAAGUGCAAGCCAAGAAAAAGGAAGUUCAUAUUACCGUCAAGACGUGGGAUGGACAAACGAUUUCGGUUUCGCUCGAUCCCAAUGACACCAUUCGGGAUCUCAAAAACAACAUUUCGGGCGAAUGUCAUUUGCCACCCGACCAACAAAUUCUCAAACUCAAGGACGCGCUAGUAAACAAUGACAGUGCCACUCUGACACAACUCGGCAUUCUGCAAGACGGCCUCAAUAUUAUUAUGACAGUCGAACCAGAUGGAGUCCCCGUCAUUGUCAAAACGCCCAACAAUGGAAAACACAUUCGCACCAAAGUAGUAGUCCAUACCGACGUUACCGUGGCUGACUUUUGCAAGCAACUGCAAGCAGAGGCGGGAAUCCCUGCGCCACACCAACUCUUGAUGCUACAAGGAGUGCCACUGCUGGAUGACGCAUUCCACAAACCACUCAAGGACUAUGGUGUGGUGGCGGGGAGUAUCCUGGAAAUGGUCGACAAACGAACUGUCAAAGCGCCAGAAAAGUCAACAAAGAAAAAGAAGAAAAAGAAAAAGAGUGACGACGACGAUGAUGAUAGCUCUAUUGAAUAUGCCGUUCACAAGUCCAAAGACUACAGUGUGGAUUUUGAACCUACGCCGUUUGAUCUGACGCGAUUCAAGGCAUAUUUCAUGGUGGGAGAUCAGAUUCCAUUCGAAAUGUUUUGUCCCGUUGCCAUGGAUAUCAAAGCAUUCAAAGUGGAAAUACUACAACUACGAAAUGAUGCCAACUUUGUCAAACAAUACUUUGAUGGAAUUCAGGAUCCCAGUUUACUCAAAAUAUAUCCCGCUGGAUCGUAUGGAGAAGGAGAUCCAUUGCCCGAUGACAUGCCCGUGCCAAGAGACUCUUCCGAGUACAAGUUCUUUAGUGUCUUGCUCUGA